AGGCCAUUAUACACUUCUGCACAAAUGAACUCAGCCAAUCAACACAUUUUCUUUAGAGAUUCAUCUUUUCUAAAUAAUAAAUGAAUUCAAGAACGACAGCGUACAAAAAAAUAUGAAAUUCAAGACAUGUUACAUAUGCAUUCAUUUCAGUAUAAAGGGGGAUAUACAGUAUGUGUGUGCAACAUGUGCAACAAAACAGUUUGCUGCACCUGCUGAAGGCCUUGGAUCAACCUUGAAUGAAUCUUUCAUUACUUUAUACCAUAGUGGUUAUACACCCACUCUCUGUAUACAUUGCUGUUUUUAUAGAACUUAUUCCUCAUAAAAAAAAAUCUGUUCAGUCAUUUUGACCACAUACAUACAUAUAACAUCUAUUCACAUAUAACAUUGUAGAGCUUGUCUUAUAAAUACAUAUUUUGUGUUUCUAACUGGUCAUAAUUUAAGUUACAGAAACUUUUUUUCUUUUAUAUUGAUUUUUAAAAAACCUGUAAAUCAAUUUAGGAAAGAUAGCAACUUCCAAUCUUGUGUUUUGAAUUUUGAUGGUGGGGUCACCCUUUUGUUAUUUGUUUACAUGUGGGUUAGCCAUGUGCCUUUAGUUACUUUAAGUGUAUGAUUACCUAAGUGUGAUGCAAGAGCUUAUUUUUGCAGUAUUGCAACACAGUUCACUGAUAUUGUUGAGGUAUGUAAGUGGUUUGUUUGUUGCUCAUUUGUGUAUCUUCAAUCACCAAAUCUAUUAAAGACUUUCAUUAUGUAUAUUUAGAAUAUCAACCACAUGACAUUUGUGUUUCCAGGUUUGGAAAAAAAUAUCUAGUUGCAUUGUGUGAAACGUAAUUAUUGUGGGUAAAAAAAAAAAGUUAAUGGUGUGGUGUAUUUUUUCACACAGAUCUGAGGAUGGAGUUCAUCAGCUCCAGAUUGCCUUCGGGCAGUUUUGCAAAAAAACAAAACAAUGAAAUGUCUGAACAGCUGGCGACUCAUAGCUCACCGCCUGGCGCCCCACAGCUCUCCAGGCUGAUAAGUGCUGUGAAAGAGGUAGAGAAGGGAUAUUCAUUCAGGGCUGAGACAUCGCCAUAACCUGGGCAGCCAAGAGAGCUGUAAAGUUAAAUUAAAGAAACACCGUCCCGGUGAUCUAGAGCAUUAAUAAUAACUCUGUUAAUGUUAUACAGCUUUAUGCGCCCUGGUGAGAUCAGGCGCACAACAGAAGGUGAGCGCACAUGGAACAACAUUUGUCCGUUUGAGGAGAAAAAAAAAAGUGGAAAAGUUAACCCAGCGACAGAAGAAUACCGGGACAAUGUCUAAUUCACGGAGGUCUUCUGGUGUGCCAAGAGGAAACCGACCACCGGAUUUGGAGCUGUCGCAAACCAGGUUUUGCGCGCCUGAUCCAGAGACACCUGUGGACAACGACACGUUUUCUGACAGAGACAGAAUGCAAGACGAUGGUAACACUCCAAAUGUUGUCCCAACUGUCCACCUCCACCCGUACCUGUCUCACCCCCGGAUGUCUGUGCGGAUGUCGGUGUACAGCACCGGGAUCCGUCCGGUCCUCACGCGCGCCUACAUCCAAGGACGCGUGUAUAACUUUCUGGAAAGGCCGUCUGGCUGGAAGUGCUUCGUGUAUCACUUCUCAGUGUUUCUCAUAGUUCUGGCCUGUCUGAUCCUCAGCGUUCUGUCUACCAUCGACCAGUACCAGGCCCUGGCUCACACAACACUCUUCUGGGUGGAGAUCGUCCUUGUGGUGUUCUUCGGCGUGGAAUAUUUUGUUCGCCUCUGGUCAGCUGGCUGCCGCAGUAAAUAUGUUGGCAUCUGUGGCCGACUGCGCUUUGCCAGGAAGCCAAUAUCUAUUAUAGAUCUGAUUGUAGUUGUUGCCUCAAUAGUUGUGCUGUCAGUGGGCUCCAAAGGACAGGUGUUUGCCACCUCUGCUGUAAGAGGGAUUCGCUUCCUGCAGAUCCUGCGAAUGCUCCACGUGGACCGGCAGGGAGGAACCUGGCGUCUCCUCGGCUCCGUCGUCUUCAUCCAUCGGCAGGAGCUGAUCACUACGUUAUACAUUGGCUUUCUGAGCCUGAUCUUCUCCUCGUACUUUGUCUACCUGGCAGAGAAAGAUGCAGUGGACAGCAGCGGCUCCACCGAGUUUGGAAACUAUGCUGAUGCCCUUUGGUGGGGAGUGGUGACAGUGACUACCAUUGGUUAUGGAGACAAAGUGCCACAAACCUGGAUUGGAAAGACCAUUGCAUCCUGUUUCUCAGUCUUUGCUAUUUCCUUCUUCGCACUGCCUGCGGGAAUCUUGGGCUCAGGCUUCGCCCUGAAGGUGCAGCAGAAGCAAAGACAAAAACACUUCAACAGACAGAUCCCUGCAGCUGCCUGUCUCAUUCAGACAUCAUGGAGAUGUUUUGCGGUGGAGAACUUUGAUUCUGUCACAUUCAAGAUGUUUUUGAGAAAGAAAUCCAAAAUCCCCGCCUCCUCUCUGUCCAGCCCCAAGCCCAAGAAAUCGGUGAAGAUAAGGAGGAAGUUCAAGAGCUCUGAGAAGGACAACGGUCCAACUUCUCCCACAAUUCCCAGCAUCACCUACGAGUCUGUGUUUGACAGCGGGAGGGAGCUGAGUUCGGACGUCUACAGCACCGUGGGCACAGAUUGCCAACAGUCCUGGACGUCUUUGUCUUCCCUUCAGUUCAGCUCACCGCCUCCAGUGAAAAGAAGCCCCGGCCUUUUGGACGUCCAGUCCCCCGGCCCCCUCCAGAGGAACUGCAGCUUUGCGGAUGACCUGGAGCUGGAGCCGGAGCGAUACAACGAGCUGGCUCCCGUCACCUCAGUGUCACAAUUGACCGAGUCGCACCGAAAAGCCAUCCGGGUGAUCCAGAGAAUGCGUUAUUUUGUGGCCAAGAGAAAUUUCCAGCAAGCUCGUAAACCAUAUGAUGUGCGCGACGUCAUUGAGCAAUACUCCCAGGGUCACCUCAACCUCAUGGUGCGAAUCAAGGAGCUGCAGAGAAGACUGGACCAGUCUGUAGGGAAGAUAACUCUGUUCCAGUCGGGCUCCGACCGAGCCAAAGACAAAGGCACCAACUCUAUCGGAUCCAGACUCAACAGGAUGGAGGACAAGAUAACGCACAUGGAUCAGACGCUAAACCGCAUCGCAGAGUCCCUCACCUCUCUGCUAGACCAGAGAGAUGUUGGUGAGGGCGAAGCUGGAGACCGGCCGAGGCCACGGCUUGGAAGGACCUGUAAUGUCCUCCCCAGCCAGGACAGCCUGCCAAGCUACGACCAGCUGUCUUCAUCACCUUCAUCCUUCUCCUCCAACACUGCCAACACCGCAGCCGGCCCCAAGCGUCCCCUCAGCAGCACCGCCAGUCAGGAUGAGAGCUGCUGAAACCUGGAACCAAACAGCCUCAACAUUUUUCUCUUUUUGGUAUAAUUCAUAAAGCGUAUUCAGAUCAAAUGCAGUUUUUACUCUGUCCGUCUGACCGCCUGCCCGCUUGCUGGUCAAAAAUGAGUUAAAGGAUAUCCUUUGAAGGUGCAGUGUGUAGGAUUUGGUGGCAUCUGGCGGUGAGGUUGCAGCAGCAGCGUAAAUAUCGACGGUGCAAACCGGUGCGGCACACCGGGGCACAUAAGCUGUCAGGGGCCCAAAUAUCACCUUCCUACACUGUGUCCACACUGAAUCCGUUAUAUGCACCUCUAUUACGUCAUGUAAACAAACCACAAAGGCUACCAAUCAGCCUUGCGCUCAAGAUCAGACUGUAACUAUAAAUUAGAGCUAAAAACCAAGCUGAAAUGCAGUAACUAAACUCUGUGUUGGUAAUCUCUGAGCAUUUAUUGCACUCUCUGCCACAGUUGCAGACAAAUAUAAAGCUAAAGCAACAGAACUGUAACAAGAGAAAGCUAACUAGCCAUUGGGAUGGACACAGCUAGUCAAAUUUAUUUGAUUUGAUUUUUUCCUGUUUCCUGUAAGUGAAAAAUAUAAAUUGUGUAGAGCUGACAUUUUGGUACAUAAGUUUGUUAUACUACAUAACUAAAUGAGGCAGAAGCUAAAUCCAUUCAUGAUGAAGGAAAAUCCCCAGCUAGCUAAAAUCCUGCUAGAGCUAACAUAACUACAUUAGUAACUGCACCUGAUUCGACUGUUAUCAGGCCAUUAAAUAGGCGUUAUCAGCCGCUAUAAGCACCAUAGAUGAG